CACUUUUCAGGUUCAAUUGAUUUCUGGGGGGGAGAAAUUUCCCCCCUUCCCUUCCCCCACUUGGGGGACAGGAGUGAAGACAGUGCCCGCCUCUCAAGAUGAAUGUUUCUGCCGCCAUGGCAGACUCACAGGACAUGGUGGAGCUGCAGCGCGAGGUGACGGAGGAGCUGGGCAUCUCCAUGGAGGAGCUCCGGCAGUUCAUCGAGGAGGAGCUGGAGAAGUCGGAGCGGGUCCGGCGGUGGAAGGAGGAGCUGAAGAACCUGGAGGAGUACGUGAAGCAGAAAGAGGACGAAGUGGCUCAUGUGGACCAGCUCCUGGAAAAUGCCGAGAAAGCCGUUGACAAAUGCGAAGUGCUCGUGAAAGACGUCUACACCAGCUUGGGCCUGGAAUAUUGCGAGACCGCCUCCGACGAGGACGACGCGUCCUCCAAGCCAAUGGAAGUGAUUGAGAUCCCCGACGAAGACGACGAUGUCAUGAGUGUGGAUUCUGGCGACACAAGUAACAAAACGGCAAAGGACCAGUCUUUGCUUCGAGAAGCCAUGGCUGCCAUGAGGAAAUCGGCUCAGGACGUGCAGAAGUUUAUGGAGGCGGUGAACAAAAAGUCCAGCAGCCAGGGAUCCCAGCAAGUCAGCCCCGGAUGCGAAAUCAUGCAAGACGGAGACCUGGCGGUGGGCGACCGUGUCUUGGGCAAGAAGCGGACCAAGACUUGGCACAAGGGGACGCUGAUCGCGAUCCAGAUCGUAGGGGUCGGCAAGAAGUACAAAGUGAAGUUCGACAACAAAGGGAAGAGCCUGCUGUCGGGCAACCACAUCGCCUACGACUAUCACCCGUCGUCCGAGAACCUGCAAGUUGGGAGCCGGGUGGUGGCCAAGUACAAGGACGUGAACCAGAUGUGGCUGUACGCCGGGAUCGUGGCCGAGACGCCAAACAUCAAGAACAAGAUGAGGUUCCUGAUCUUCUUCGAUGACGGUUACGCCUCGUACGUCGUCCAGCCCGAGCUGUACCUGAUCUGCCGGCCACUCAAAAAGACCUGGGAGGACAUCGAAGACAUCUCCUGCCGGGAUUUCAUCGAAGAGUACAUCACGGCCUACCCGAACCGACCCAUGGUCCUGCUCAAGACCGGCCAGCUCAUCAAAACGGAGUGGGACGGCACUUGGUGGAAGUCGCGCGUGGAGGAAGUGGACGGGAGCCUGGUCAAGAUCCUCUUCCUGGACGACAAACGCUGCGAGUGGAUCUACCGGGGCUCCACCCGCCUGGAGCCCAUGUUCAGCAUGAAAACCUCAACCGCCUCCACCCAGGAGAAGAAGCAAGGGGGGCAGGCGAGGACCCGGCCAAACGUUGGUGCCGUACGGAGCAAGGGCCCAGUGGUCCAGUACAUCCACGACUUAACCGGAACCAGCACGCAAUUUAAGCCCGUGGAGCCACCCCCGGUGCCGAUCAUGGUGUCGCAGCCGGUUUCGCCGCAGUUUGUCGACGUGGACAGUCCGGAAAGCCAGCUGGCUCAGUCAAAAAAGCAGCAAGUGGCCAAGAAGAGUACUUCCUUCCUGCGUCCGGGCUCCGUGGGGUCGGGACCGUCUUCUCCGUCUUCCCCCGUCCUGGGCGAACCGGCUCCUGUCGUGAGGAGCGGGGUGACCCAGCAAUUUCGGUUCUCCGUCGCUCAGCCGGCCGGCAGCACCUCCGCCCAGCAGUUCCACAGCGUCCUGGACCGUAUGCCCAACGAGAUCUCCUACCGGGCCCCCGUGGAGAAGCUCUUCUACCUCCCCCACGUGUGCAGCUACACCUGCCUGUCGCGGGUGCGCCCCCUCUACGGCGAGCAGUACCGCAGCAAGAACCCCCUCCUCAUCCCGCUCCUCUACGACUUCCGCCGCAUGACGGCCCGCCGGCGCAUCAACCGCAAGACGGGCUUCCACGUCAUCUACAAGACGCCCUGCGGGCUGUGCCUGCGCAGCAUGGGCGAGAUCGAGCGGUACCUCUUCGAGACGGACUGCGACUUCCUCUUCCUGGAGAUGUUCUGCCUGGACCCCUACGUCCUGGUGGACCGCAAGUUCCAGCCGUACAAGCCGUUCUACUACAUCGUCGACAUCACCAAGGGGAAGGAAGACGUCCCCCUGUCGUGCGUCAACGAGAUCGACAGCACCCCGCCCCCCCAGGUGGCCUACAGCAAGGAGCGCAUCCCGGGCAAGGGGGUCUACAUCAACACCGGCUCGGAGUUCCUGGUGGGGUGUGACUGCGAAGACGGUUGUAGGAACAAAUCCAGAUGUGCUUGCCACCAGCUGACGAUCCAGGCAACUGCCUGCACCCCUGGGGGACAGAUAAACCCACAUUCGGGAUACCAGCACAAGAGGCUGGAGGAGUGUCUUCCCACAGGAGUGUACGAGUGCAACAAGCGGUGCAAGUGCAACAAAAACAUGUGCACCAACCGUCUGGUCCAACACGGCCUGCAGGUGCGGCUGCAGCUCUUCAAGACGCAGAACAAAGGCUGGGGCAUCCGCUGUCUGGACGACAUCGCCAAGGGCUCGUUCGUCUGCAUCUAUGCAGGGAAAAUCCUGACGGACGAUUUUGCGGACAAAGAGGGCCUGGAGAUGGGGGACGAGUAUUUCGCCAACCUGGACCACAUCGAGAGCGUGGAGAACUCGAAGGAGGGCUACGAGAGCGAGGCCAAGUGCUCCUCGGACAGCAGCGGGGUCAACCUGAAGGACGACGAGGACGAGAACUCGGGCUCUGAGGAGCCGGAGGAAUCCAACGAGGACAGUUCGGACGACAACUUCUGCAAGGACGAAGACUUCAGCACCAGCUCGGUGUGGCGCAGCUAUGCCACCCGCCGCCAGACGCGGGGCCAGAAGGAGAACGGCCUGUCGGAGACGGCCUCCAAGGACUCCGGCCUGGCCCGGCAGGUGAGCCACGAGGAGGCCGCCCCGUGUAAGCCCCCCCUCUCGGAAGAGACCUCCAAGAACAAGGUGGCCUCCUGGCUGAGCUCCACCAUGUCCGACAGCUUCCAAGACAACGACAGCAGGUCUUCGUUCAGGAUGCACGAGGCGGGCGACGCCAAGCCGGUCAAAUUAGAAAGGGCCGACACCGAGAAGGCCCCGGCCGUUGGACUGGCAGCCAAGGAGGAGACCGGCCCGGAUGCAGACGUGAAGGUGAAGAAGAAAGAGGAACCGGAGGAUCACAGCAGAUCAGCAACUACAGGCAGGGUGUACGGCUACAACCCCAACCCGACGGUACCCAAAGGAGUCCGGAGGCCACUCAGCAAAACCGCCAUGCAUCAGAGCCGAAGGCAGUCGGACACACAGCCUGCAGAUCAGGACGUGAUGAUGCUCUCGAGCAGCACGGACAGCGAGGGGGACAACGGGCGGGGCACCUCGGGGCAAGCGCAGGGCAACGCGAACGACAGCGACGACAUCCAGACGAUCUCCUCCGGGUCCGAGGAGGAGCACGGGGCAGACGAGAAGAAGAACAGCUCUUCCAGGCUCGCCACGAAGCGCCAAGUGGCCGUGAAAUCCACCCGGGGCUUCGCCCUGAAGUCGACCCACGGCAUCGCCAUCAAGUCGACCAACCUGGCCUCGGGGGAGAACGCCCUCAUCCGGAAGAACACGCGGCAGUUCUACGACGGCGAGGAGUCCUGCUACAUCAUCGACGCCAAGCUCGAGGGGAACCUCGGCCGCUACCUCAACCAUAGCUGCAGCCCUAACCUCUUUGUGCAGAACGUCUUUGUGGACACACACGAUCUCCGUUUCCCGUGGGUGGCCUUCUUCGCAAGCAAGCGGAUCCGGGCCGGGACAGAGCUCACAUGGGAUUACAACUACGAAGUGGGCAGCGUGGAGGGGAAGAAGCUGCUCUGUUGCUGCGGAGCCCUCGAGUGCCGGGGCCGCUUGUUGUAAAGGGGAACGAGAUUCUUUUUGUGUACCUGUGUGUGGAGUCGGGUCUUCGAAGGAAA